AUGUACAUACUUCAGCACCCCAAGGCUCAGCUGCGCGCGCUAGUCUGCCCUGCCGUGUGGUCCGCGAGGCCUCAAGCCCAAAAGGCAAAAGACCACAGAGCAAGACCAAGACGCACAAUCCACCCCGGGCUGCGGGCUGCGGGCUGCUGCCCCUCUUUCGAAGUACCUCCCUACCUCUCCCCUGCCGUGCCAGGCGUGCCAGGCGUGCCUUCCCUCGUACCUCACGGAUACCUUACCUUACCUUACCUUGCCUACUUCAAUCCACGUCUCCACCACCGACCACUCCUUCCCACCAACCAACCCACCUCGCGUUUCUCUAAACGGCGUGACAACAUCCUCCUCCUCCCACCUCUUGGAUACCUCAACGCAAAGCUCCCCUCCAUCAGCCACCAGCCAUUACACCCAUCUGUCCUCGAAACCACUUCGGUUCCAAAUCUCACGAUCCUUCUUCGCCGCCCGAAGAAGCACUGUCUCCCGUCUGCCCACCCGCACCGCAACCGCACCCGCACCCGCAGACCACCACCCACCCCAGCAAACCAAAGCUCCCCCAGGCAGUCAUCGCCUCUGCUCCAUUUCUUUCUCUUUCAACGCACCUUGCCUGUAGCCGCCGGCCGCAACUACUCUGAGAGCACCACGAGAGGAGAAAGGUUCAUUCUACCAUCUUUCUUGUCUUCCUACAAUCCCGCCUUCGUCGACAAUUUCCAGUCAUUCUUGCUUGAUCCGCCUGCCCUGCCCCUCAGCGACGUACUGUGCCGUCAUCACCACAUUCCCCCUUCCCAGUCCACUUCCUCCUUCUUCACCACUCGCUUCCACAACGCUGGACCGCAACCCGCCGAAUCUUUCCCUGUUUCUCGGCCCGUCAUUAGCAGCUCACCUACACGCGAGAGAAGUGGUCUUUGCUCCUGCACGUACCUGGCAUUUUCCCCUCUGCCUGAGCGAAAAAUCACCUCACUGCGUACUGCAUGCAUAGCGCAGCGCAUAUACACACAACACUGCCCACCCCCUCUUAUCCUCUCUGUCUUGUCUGUCUUCCACGUCCUAAACCUGUCCUGUCCUGGCUUGCUCUGCCCUCCUCUUCCUCCGCUGGCUGCUACCUCACCUCUUCCAAUACUUCCGCUUCUUCUGCUCCUCGCCUUGCCACCAUUCGCCUUGCAUCGUCGCCAUCAUUCAUAUUCCCCUGCCCUGCCAUUUCCUCCCUCUCCCUGUCAAAAUACCUCCCCACCCCGCACCCCUCGACCGUCCGUCCGUCAUCCUCGCUCAUCACUGCUCGUCGCACAACACGCUCCAUACCCUGCUCCAUCGUCAACCUAUCAAUCACCACCGACUUGUUCGAAUCUUACACUGCCAGACGGGCUGCUAAUCAACCAAAUCAUCAGCCCCCCGGAGAUUGCUCAACCGGGCGAGACUGAACCGAUCCCCGACGCGAAUCCGCUACCGGCGCCGCUCUCAAUUACAACCUGCCUCGCGACCACACCUGCAUCCAUUUCUUUGGCUCUCGAAGCAAGCGAUUGGUUCGUCGGCUCCCUACUUCACUCUCGUGCAAUCACCCUUGCACGAAUCCCACGCCAGCGAAGCAUAGUUCUCGUCCUCCGCUGCCCAUCACGGCCCGCCUUCGAGUCUCGGAUCCGGCUUUGCCGUGCUGACAACACCUUCCGAGCCAUGGCGCAGAACCGCCCCGCCGCCUUCAACACUCUCAGAAUGGGAGAGGUUAUUCGCGAAAAGGUCCAGGACGGGAUCACUGGAGAGACAAGAGAUCUCCAGUACACGCAAUGCAAGAUUGUUGGCAACGGCUCUUUUGGUGUCGUCUUCCAGACCAAGCUCUCGCCUUCAGGAGAAGAUGCGGCUAUCAAGCGUGUCCUCCAGGACAAGAGGUUCAAGAACCGAGAACUGCAGAUCAUGCGGAUUGUCCGGCAUCCCAACAUCGUACAGCUGAAGGCGUUUUACUACUCCAACGGCGAACGCAAAGAUGAGGUGUAUCUCAACCUUGUCCAGGAGUUCGUUCCCGAGACCGUUUACCGUGCGUCCCGUUUCUUCAACAAGAUGAAGACGACAAUGCCCAUUCUCGAGGUUAAGCUUUACAUCUACCAGCUCUUCCGCGCUCUCGCCUACAUCCAUUCUCAAGGCAUUUGCCAUCGUGAUAUCAAGCCUCAAAACCUUCUCCUUGAUCCUACUUCAGGCAUCUUGAAGCUUUGCGAUUUCGGUAGCGCCAAGAUCUUGGUCGAGAACGAGCCAAAUGUGUCGUAUAUCUGCUCUCGAUACUACCGUGCACCAGAACUGAUUUUUGGUGCCACAAACUACACUACCAAGAUUGAUGUAUGGUCUACCGGUUGUGUUAUGGCAGAACUGAUGCUCGGACAACCCCUCUUCCCUGGAGAGUCAGGCAUUGAUCAAUUAGUCGAGAUCAUCAAGGUCCUGGGCACUCCAACACGAGAGCAGAUUCGCACCAUGAACCCUAACUACAUGGAACACAAAUUCCCACAGAUCAAGCCGCACCCCUUCGCUAAGGUCUUUAGGAAGGCAGAUGCGAACGCUAUCGACUUGAUCGCGCGCCUUCUUGAGUACACCCCUACCGAGAGACAAGCGGCUGUGGAAGCCAUGGUUCAUCCUUUCUUUGAUGAGCUGAGAGACCCGAGCACGAGAUUGCCCGACUCUCGUCAUCAAAGCGGCGAGAUUCGGGAUCUGCCACCUCUUUUCGACUUCACUCGACAUGAACUAUCGAUUGCCCCGAACCUGAACCACCAGUUGGUGCCCGCGCACAUCAAGCCCGAACUCAGCGCACUCGUGGAUCGUUCCCGACUUAUCUCGGCUGCAAGCCUAUCGUUCGACCAGCGCACACCGAGAUGGAGUUCUUGCAUGAAAUGUAGGGGCAUCGGCCUCGACCGGACGAUGGACCAAAUGACGAUGAGAUGUUACACGUGCGAUGACGACUUGAAGCUGGACUGCAUCGAAUGCUCAAAGCGCAAAGGCUUACUGGCGAGGAUUUGCGAGGUAUCUUGUGCUUCGUCAAGUGUCAGCCCUUCCACUACAGAGGCUGUAUUGCUGCGUAUUGCGAAAGAGGCCAUUCUGGACUAUAUCACGAUACAGGAUUCUGAAUGGCUUUCAAUUUCCUCACCUUUCUUCGUCUUCUCGUCACUCAGUAUGGUCUGGCAAGACUUCCUCAAUUAUCAGAACUCGGGAAGAAAGGAGGAAGCUCUGGAGUCGGGAUGCCCUCUCCUGUUGGUUGGGAGACACAUUGGGAAAGGCUGCUAUUAUGAAUUUGGCUCGGAGUGGCCUAGCAGAACAACUGUCAGGCAAUCGACUCUAUUCUUCAUUCUGGGCUCAUGGCUGAAACUUGAAGCCAAGAGACCAUUUAGCGAGGUCGGGUGUACAGAGAGGCCAAAACGCAACGUCUGCAGGGGAAGCUCGCGUCUUUCCUCCGUCACUUUUCGAUGGAUCCUGCCUCGAGGCUACGUGCAACUGAAAGAUCUCGUCCCCGGUUUACCAAUUGGCCUUCUCACACACACCAUCACCAUAUCUAACCUUGCCCAAUCAUCAAAUACGCAGCUGGUUGAUAUGGGCGACUACGAGAGAAGACGUUAUCAUGGUGGCGGUGGCGGCGGUGGAGGCUACAACAACAGGAAGAGAAGGUAUCGAGACGACGACGAUAACGAUCACCGACAGUCGCGACGAAGGAUCGAUACUGCGCCCCUUCCUGUGAGAGUGCGAAGACAGCUCCUCUCUCUCGCCGAAUCCCCGCUGCGACGCUGGCAUGAAGAGGUCCAAGGCAUCGCGCACGUCGUCGCCGAAAACGCAGAGGACGCCGAACUCCGCGAGAGCUUCGUCAGUCUCGUCUUACAGCUUUCGCUAGAGCAACCGCUCAAGACACCGUUCGUCGCUGGUGUGGUUCUUCUCGUGAACACGCUGAAGCCCGAGAUUGUGGAUGAGGUUCUCACCAAGCUGAGCGUCGCGACUCAAGAGAAGAUCCAAGCGGGUGAAUGGAGAGAUGUGAAGCUCUAUCUCAAGUUGCUUGCGUGCCUACAAAGCUCUUUGGAUGGCGAGGGAAUUUUCCCCGUCCUCGAGGAGCUAUUUGGCCGAGCGGUAGACUUGCAAACCGCGAGCUCUGAUGACACCAUUGGCACCGAGCUUGUGAAGAUUAUUCUUCUCACGAUUCCGUACAUCAUGUCAGCAACGCCCGAUCAGUGGCUCCAAAAAGCCGCCGACCUGAUGGACAAGACCGAAAUCAUUGCCUCGGAGCCUCACGCCCUGCAAGUUCUGAUCGAUCCGUACCUCGCCGAGAAGCAAGACCAGCCUACCGGGUCCAUGAGCUUCAUCGGCAUGCUACAAAAGCAACUGCAGCAUGAAGCGGCCAACGGCUGGGAGCUAUCUUGCCUGCCUAGGCCCUGGAAGCUGCCCCUAGAGGAGAUCGAAGCACAAGAGAAGCUGGAUAAUGCUACAAAGCAUACCCUCCCCACCAUCACAGUACCCGAGAAGAUUGUCGCUGGAUCAAGACCGCUAUUCCCUGAAGUCUACUAUUCGGUUUAUAGCACUCAGGACGUCGAGUCUGUCCCGCCUGUCACGGAUAUUGCCGCGUCGCUGGUCAGAGAUGGCCUGGUUGAUACGAUUAACAUUCUCGACUUCAACCGCAACGUUACUGCGCGGUAUCUUAUUGACCUAGAUUGCUACUUCUCAGACUCAACUUUCGUCAAGCGUGCAACCCCCUUUGACAGACUUCGGGACGUCGAAACUGGCCGCUCAACGUGGAAGCCCGAGGAUGUAGCUGUAGAUGCCGUGUUUUCACAACUCUUCCAGCUUCCACUUCCGGAACACAAGCUUGUUUACUACCACUCAGUCCUGACCGAGGCCUGCAAGAUUGCGCCUGCGGCAAUUGCUCCCAGCUUGGGUCGAGCAAUCCGGCACAUGUACCGCAACUCUAGCCGAAUCGACCUGGAGCUCUCUCAGAGGUUUGUUGACUGGUUCUCGCAUCACUUGAGCAACUUUGGCUUCACCUGGAAGUGGACGGAGUGGGUUGAUGACGUGUAUCUGCCUGACCUUCACCCUCAGAAGGCAUUCAUUAUUGGCGCUCUCGACAAGGAGAUCCGGCUCAGUUUCGCUCAACGUAUCAAGGGCACACUGCCCGAGCCAUACCAAUCACUGAUUGGGCCCGAGAAGGAAAAGGAUGUUCCAGACUUCAAGUUUAGUGAUGAGAGUACGCCCUUUUCUGCAGAGGGUCGCGAGAUCGCUGCUCUGCUGAGACGCAAAGCACCUGACGAAGAGUUCCAGCCGAUUAUCGAACGGAUCCACUCACUUGCGAUAGAGCGCAGUCUGGAUCCUUUGGUGACGAGCACCGAUGUCUUUGUCACAGCCGUGUGCUGGGUCGGGUCCAAGUCGCUCAGUCACGUACUCGCGUGCAUUGAGCGCACCAAGGAUCGUCUGCUCGACGUUGGCGCGGCAUCCGAGGCGGCUAAGUCCCAAAUCAUUACUGCAGUCAUGUCGUACUGGGCGGCGCAACCCGGUGUUGCCAUUUCCAUCGUCGAAAAGCUUUUGAACUACUCGAUCCUUUUGCCCAUUUCGGUCAUUGAGUGGGCUCUCUCCGGAGGCAGCCACGUGCAAGGACAAUCUUCGGGCGAUUCUUUGGCGCAGCCUCACGUCUUUGAGCUGGUGUUUGGUACCGUGUCCAAGGUGACUGGCCGCGUCAGACAACUUCUGACCAAGGAGGCCGAGGCCGACGAGGAUUUGAAGGAGAGAGACACCAAGGCGAUGCGCGAUCUCUUCAAAGCGAUGGAGGAUGCGCUAGUUAGCUGGGCUUCAGGCAGCAAGGACGAGAUGAUGGAGGAGAUGGACGGAGCCGGUCAACGCGAUGCCCUGCUUCGCCGCUGGGGUGAGCGUUGGCUAAGGGUGUUCCGCCGGAGGUCCGCCAUUGAGGAGGCCUUCAUUUUAGAGGCGAGCAAGGAGCAAGUUGCUCUUGACAACGCCCGUGCCUUCAGUAUGUAUGAUUACUUGAAAAUGGUUCAUGGGUUGGCAAUGGACCAGGCGAAAGCCCUGGCCAUUAACGUCAUCGGUCCAACUUGUUACGUCCUCAAGCCCCUGUGCGGAAGUCAGCGGAUGCGGGGCAUUGUUCAGCCUGCUGGCCCUAGCGAAAAAAAAAAAUUGGAAAUGCCCCGUCUAUCAACCACCGAACUCCAACAUACGGGAAACCAAUCGAAGCCACUCUCGCUGCCCUCGGACUAUUACUUUAUCACAGGGUAUAAAGCAACCAAACUGUCCGGUAUUUACGAAUAUCAGACCCUCUUCGCAAUGGAGUCCUCAGUGGCCCAGGUGAAGGUGAACUUCACGACAACGCAUGAGGAUUUGCAGUUGGACGAGAGCAAGAGGCAGUUGAUUGUGCCCGCAGACAUCAAGCGAUAUGGCCUCUCAAGGAUAUUGAACUCCGAGUCCAUGCUCAACACCUCCUCCCCCGUGCCUCUCGACUUCCUCGUCAACGGAACCUACCUACGAACCACGAUCGAAGAAUACCUCAAGGAGAAUGGCCUCUCCUUCGAGACGACGCUCACGUUGCAGUACGUCCGCAGUCUGCUGCCCCCCGUCUACGAGGCAUCCUUUGAGCACGACGACUGGGUCGCCGCCGUCGACGUACUCUCCGCCACCUCGGCCGCGGGCCGCUGGUCCGGCGACGCCCUCGCCCACGGCCAAGACCGCAUCCUCUCCGCCGGCUACGACGGCCUCGUCCGCAUCUGGGACGGCUCCGGCCAGUGCCUCGCGACCUCCCCCUCGGCCCGCGCCGGUGGCCACGCCAAGCUCCUGACGGACGCCAAAUUCCUCUCGUCGACGCAGAUCGCCUCCGUCGGCCUGGACCAGAAGGUCGUCGUCUGGAAGUACGCCGAGUCGGCCGACCGCUUCUCGGGCGAGCUCAAGCCCACGCUCGAGCUCCACGGCCACAAGAAGAUGAUCAACUCGCUCGCCGUCCACGGCGCCUCCAAGAAGAUGCUCACCGCCUCCGCCGACGGCCGCGUCGGCCUCUGGCUGGCCUCGAAAAAGGGCAGCCCGGACGUCGACGCCGACGACAUCCCCGCCACCCACGCCAGCAGCGUCAAGCGCGCCAAGCUCUCCAACUCGUCCGUCACCGUCCCGCAAAAGGGCGCCCUGGCCAUGAUCCAGGCCCACGCCGCCGACGCCUCCGUCACGGGCGCCGCCUUCCACCCCACCGACGCCACCGUCGCCUACUCCGUAUCGGCGGACCACACCCUCCGCACCCUCGACCUCACCACCGCCUCCGUCGUCUCCACCCUCACCACCCUCCACCCGCUCCUCUGCCUCGCGCCCAUGCCGCGCAACUCCUCCCUCGUGGCCGCCGGCUCCUCGGCCCGCCACGUCACCCUCCUCGACCCCCGCGCCUCGGCGUCCGCCACCUCGGUCCUCACCCUCCGCGGCCACGCCAACAUGGUCUCGGCGCUCGCGCCCUCCCCGGACAACGACUACAGCCUGGCGUCGGCGUCGCACGACGGCACCGUCAAGAUCUGGGAUCUGCGGAGCGUGCGGCCCGCGACAAAGGACGAGGGCGGCGGCAGCGUCAGCGAGGCCGUCUACUCCAUCGGUCGGGAGUGGCUCAAGGGCAAGAAGGCGCCCGCCGGCGGCGAGGGCGUCAAGGUGUUUGGCCUCGCGUGGGACCAGACGUGGGGUCUGGUCAGCGGUGGCGAGGACAAGAAGGUGCAGAUCAACAGGGGGAGAGAUCUCGUUGCUUCUUCGUGA